AUUUUACAAAAAUAUAAGAUAUCAUGGGCAUUUGUUCAGCUAAAAAAGAAAUAGAUUAGAUUGAAGCACCUAAUAAAUAAUUUUUCGAUUUCGAAAUUAAUGAUAUUGAUGGCAAUCUUGUUUAAUUGUCAAAAUUUAAAGGGAAAAAAGCUUACAUUUGUGUAAAUGUUGCAUGUUCUUGUCGUUUAACUACAUAAAAUUAUGUAGAAUUAGUUGAUAUGUAUAAAUUAUACAAGUAUAAUAUAAUGAAAUUUAUAGAGAUUAAGGUUUAGAAAUUCUAGGUUUUCCAUGCAAUUAAUUUUAGAAAUAAGAAAGCAAACCAGAACCAGAAAUAAAAAAUUAUGUUACUUAAAAAUAUGGAGCUCAUUUUCCAUUAUUCUAGUAUUUAAAUGAAUCAUAAAUAAUAGGAAAAUAGAAGUAAAUGGGAUUAGAACACAUGACAUUUAUAAAUAUCUGCGUUAUAAUAGUGAAUUAAGGAUAAAUAACAAAAAUAAAAUAAAGUAUGUUCCAUGGAAUUUUGCAAAAUUUUUGCUUGAUGAAAAUGGAUAUGUUAUUAAUUAUUAUUGUCCAGAUGUUUCUCCUAAAGAAAUGAUAAUUGACAUUGAAAAAGUACUAAAGAACUGAUUAGAACAUGCAA